AACUGAAUAUGGAAAAAAGUGUUUCUAUUGAUACAAGAUAAUAGUUUACUACAUUUACUUUUAUUCUUAUUACCAUUUGGGAAUUGUGUUCUCAAUUGUUGAUUUCUUUCACGCUAGAUGGCACUCGGAGCAAUUCCCCACUUUUACAAUAAUGUACAGGGGGAUGGAUGCUAAUUUUUGAGUUUAUGAUCUUCUAUAGUUUGUUGUUAGUACUCAUUAGUUAACAAAAACGUUAAUAAAAUAGAUAGUUGCAUUUAUUUUGCACAUUAGUAUUAAGUAUUAUACAAAAGCUGAAUAUAUACAACGUAUUGUAGCUUUAUUUGAAAAAGAAGAAAAAAGAAAAACAAAAUAAAGUAAAGAAAGGAGAGUAUUCUAGGUUCAAAAUGUCUAGUACAUCCCAAAAACACAAAAAUUUUGUAGCAGAGCCAAUGGGCGAAAAACCAGUUACUGAUUUAGCUGGAGUUGGUGAAGUUCUCGGAAGAAGACUGGAAGCUGCUGGUUUCGACAAAGCAUAUGUAGUACUUGGACAAUACUUAGUUUUGAAGAAGAACAAAGAACUGUUUCAAGAGUGGAUGAAAGAUGCUUGUUCAGCUAAUGCAAAACAAUCGAAUGAUUGUUAUCAGUGUCUUACAGAUUGGUGUGAAGAAUUUUUGUAAAGUACUAAUGAUAAUGAACUUUUGUAAAGUAUUAAUGUUAUAUGAAAAAUAUUUUAACAUUGCAGAAUAUUUUAUAACUUAAUAGAAGUCUUUUCACAUGUAUUACGUUUUUAGGAUUUUCGUAAAAUUAACAAAUUUUAAAACUACAAUUAUAUAUUUUCUGAUUUAAUUGUUGACACUCUUAAGAAAUAUAUAGAUAUCUUUCUAUGCUCAUUUGUCUUGAAAGAAAGAGAGAGAAAGGGAUCAUAGAAAUAAUGUUUAUUUCUAAAAAUACGAACUAAAUAAAAACUUUAAUAGUUAAUGUACAUUAAUCUAUUUCUAAUCAUUCAAUAAUAAAGGAAGUAUUGCUUAAUAAUAAGAAAUUAAUAAAGAUUAUUGGAAUAUAAUAAAUAAGACUUAAGUAAUAAGAAAAAAUACAGAAUAUAUUUUUAUUUCAUAUAAAUAAAACAUGGAACAUGUUUAUAUACAUAAAAUAAAUUACUAACAUUAGACAUAUGUAAAUAUAAACACACACACACACACACAUACGUGUAUACAUACAUAUAUAAUAUGUUGUACGUGUGGAUACGCGUCCGUAUACAUUUACGCUUUUUUAAUUCUUAUAUUCAUUAAAUCAAUUUGAAUUGGAAAUAGACAGUAAAUUUAUGUUAUUUUCUCUAAAUAGCUUAUUAAAAUAUAUAAUUGAAUUAUCA